AUGACAAAGACGGCGGCCCACAUCGGGCCCCACGCGUCCGUGGGCGCGCGCAGACAGCUAGCCGCCGCCGCCGAAGUCCACUCCGGCAAGCAACUGGCCGUGCCCCGCCCUGGCUCUCCCCCGUCUCCGGCACCCGAUCGGCAUCUGACGGCGGAGGUCUCCCCCACACCCCUUGCGUGGCUCCCGUAGCCCGUAGGCACACUUCCCUUCAAAGCCACUGCUUUGUGCUCCUCUACUUAAGCGCACGCCUCCCGGGCUUCUAUCCCUGCACUCGCAGCAGGGAGCUCGCCUCUUCUUCCCGAGGUGUUGGAUGGUGGAUGCAUGACGCGUUGGCUGCAUUAGUGUUUACAAGUGAACCAUAUGGAUUCCAAGGAAGUGACCUCUCGUACCAUCUUCUGCUUCUUGCUUAUAUCCUUCGUGGGCUGCAAUUGUCUGGCAUCAGAAUUAGAGGCCACCCAGACGGCAACCCUCAAGGUUGAUGCCUCACCGCAGCUCGCUCAGAAGAUCCCUGAAACACUAUUUGGCAUAUUUUUUGAGGAAAUCAACCAUGCAGGAGCUGGUGGAAUAUGGGCAGAACUUGUUAGUAACAGAGGUUUUGAAGCUGGAGGCCUCCAUACUCCAUCAAAUAUUGACCCGUGGUCCAUCAUUGGAGAUGACUCUUCCAUUUUUGUGUCGACUGAUCGUACAUCAAGUUUCAGUCGAAACAUUGUUGCUUUAAGGAUGGAGGUCCUCUGCAAUGACUGUCCAGCUGGUGGUGUUGGCAUUUACAACCCAGGAUUCUGGGGCAUGAACAUAGAAGAUGGAAAAACCUACAAUCUAGUUAUGUAUGUUAAGUCACCGGAAACAGCGGACUUGACAGUUUCUCUAACAAGCUCUGAUGGGUUGCAAAAUCUGGCUUCAGCUACGAUCACAGUUUCUGGAGCAUCAAAUUGGACAAAACUGGAGCAGACUUUGGUUGCUGAAGGAACCAAUAGAACCUCAAGGCUUCAAAUAACAACUAACAAGAAGGGAGUUGUAUGGUUUGAUCAAGUAUCACUCAUGCCUGCAGACACAUACAAGGGACACGGUUUUCGCACAGAACUUAUAUCCAUGCUUUUGGAUUUGAAACCACGAUUCUUGAGAUUUCCUGGAGGUUGCUUUGUAGAAGGUGAUUGGCUAAGAAAUGCAUUCAGGUGGAGAGAAUCUAUUGGUCCAUGGGAAGAGAGGCCUGGACACUUUGGGGAUGUUUGGCAUUACUGGACUGAUGAUGGCCUUGGAUAUUAUGAAUUUCUUCAGCUUGCAGAGGAUCUGGGUGCUGCCCCAAUCUGGGUAUUCAACAAUGGAGUCAGCCACAAUGAUGAAGUUGAUACUGCUGCUAUUGCUCCUUUUGUAAAGGAUGUGUUGGACAGUCUAGAAUUUGCAAGAGGGAGUGCAGAAUCAGCAUGGGGCUCCGUUAGGGCUGCAAUGGGGCACCCUGAACCAUUCCCAGUCAAAUAUGUUGCAAUUGGAAAUGAAGAUUGCGGGAAAAAAUUUUACCGCGGUAAUUACCUCAAGUUCUACAAUGCUAUAAGACAGACCUAUCCAGACAUUCAAAUGAUUUCAAACUGUGAUGGUUCAUCUAAACCACUUGAUCAUCCUGCUGAUUUAUACGACUUCCAUGUCUAUACCGAUUCUAAGACUUUGUUUUCCAUGAGGAACACAUUUGACAUAACAUCUCGUAGUGGAUCCAAGGCUUUUGUUAGUGAGUAUGCUGUUUGGAGAAGUGAUGCAGGCAGAGGAAGUCUUCUUGCUUCUUUGGCAGAAGCUGCUUUCCUUACUGGACUGGAGAAGAAUAGUGACAUUGUUCAGAUGGCAAGUUAUGCACCGCUGUUCGUAAAUGACAAUGAUCAAACGUGGAACCCAGACGCUAUUGUGUUCAACUCCUGGCAACAUUAUGGUACUCCUAGUUACUGGAUGCAGACACUUUUCCGCGAGUCUAGUGGUGCUAUGAUUCAUCCAAUUACGAUCAGUUCCAGUUACUCUGGUUCACUAGCAGCAUCUGCAAUUACUUGGCAGGAUUCAGAGAAUAGCUUCCUAAGAGUAAAGGUGGUAAACUUUGGGUCGGAUGCUGUUAGCCUCACAAUCUCCACAAGUGGACUUCAGGCCAGUGUUAACGCGCCGGGAUCAACCGCCACUGUGCUCACAUCUAGCAAUGUCAUGGACGAAAACUCUUUCAGUAACCCAAACAAGGUUGUGCCGGUGAAGAGCCAGCUGGGCAACGCUGCAGAGCAGAUGCAGGUCACGCUGGCUCCUCACUCCUUCACUUCGUUUGAUCUCGCGCUGGCCCAGUCCAAACUUGUCGCGGAGAUGUGAAGUGGCGACACCAACACGAGGCUGGAGGAAUAAUCUACGAGGAGUGAUACCCAAAUACAAGUAAUCAGAGAGUUGUCAGGAUCUUGAUGACGCGUUGUAUAUAUAGCGCAAUACGAACAGUAUACUAAAUAAAAAAUGGCAUCAGGCUUGUUUGUU